AUGCAGCUGACCCACUUCAACGCGUCCGCCAAGGCCGGCGUGAGCCGUGCCAGCAGCCGUCGCACCACCGUGCGCGUGCAGGCCGCGGCCGCCCGCCCCAGCUGGUUCCCCGGGAACAAGCUCCCCGAGCACCUGGAUGGCACCCUGGUCGGCGACUUCGGCUUCGACCCCCUGGGCCUGGGCGUGGACAAGGACAAGCUCCGGUGGUACCAGCAGGCUGAGCUGGUGCACGCCCGCUUCGCCAUGCUCGGCGCGGCCGGCAUCCUGGUGCCCGACCUGUUCCACCAGAUCGGCGCCGGCGGCCCCGCGGCCCAGAUCCCCUGGUACGACCACGCCAAGUUCGAGUACUACGCGCCCAUCAACGCGCUGUUCGGCGUGCAGGUGCUGCUGUUCGCGUGGGCCGAGCUGCGUCGCCUGCAGGACAUCCGCAACCCGGGCAGCGUCAACCAGGACCCCAUCUUCAGCCAGUACAGGUGCGUGUGUGCGUGCGUAUGA